CUCACUCACUCCGCCUUCUGGGACCCCACGGUGAGCGGCGACUGGGACAGCGAGAGGCCGAGCCCGGCCUGCCUGCUGCGGAUCAAACGGGAUAUCAUGUCCAUUUAUAAGGAACCACCCCCUGGAAUGUUUGUUGUGCCUGAUCCCCAUGAUAUGACUAAGAUUCAUGCAUUGAUCACAGGCCCAUUUGACACGCCUUAUGAAGGGGGUUUCUUCUUGUUCCUGUUUCGCUGUCCUCCAGAUUAUCCCAUCCACCCACCAAGGGUCAAACUGAUGACAACAGGGAAUAACACAGUGAGGUUUAACCCCAACUUCUACCGCAAUGGGAAAGUCUGCCUGAGUAUUCUAGGCACUUGGACUGGUCCUGCUUGGAGCCCAGCACAGAGUAUCUCUUCAGUCCUCAUCUCCAUACAGUCUCUGAUGACUGAGAACCCCUAUCACAACGAACCUGGCUUUGAGCAGGAGAGGCACCCUGGGGAUAGUAAGAACUAUAACGAGUGCAUUCGGCAUGAGACCAUCCGAGUAGCUGUGUGCGACAUGCUGGAAGGAAAGUGUCCCUGUCCUGAGCCUUUACGGGGUGUUAUGGAGAAGUCUUUCAUGGAAUACUUUGACUUCUACGAGGGUGCGUGCAAAGAGAGGCUUCACCUCCAAGGACAGACAAUGCAGGAUCCUUUUGGUGAGAAACGAGGCCACUUUGACUAUCAGUCCCUAUUAAUCCGUUUGCAAGGUAUUCGGCUGAAGGUGCAAGAGAAACACCAGCAGGAGAAUGUAGAAAUAGACUCUGACAGCAGCUCCUCGGAGACAGAGACGGACACUCAAGGGAGCUCCAAGGCUUAGAGGUCUCUCGCUAAGUGAGAAACCCAAUCCUGGGGAUGGUUCUGUCUUCGAACUCUAGAAUUACCCCUGACCGACUUGAGAACCAAGCCAAUCCCAGAGUGGCUAGAGCUGGAAGAGGUCUUCUGUCUCCUUUAAUGCGCUGGUGGAUACCAAACAAGAGGACUUCAUGGUAGACAAAGCCAAGCUUGUGACAGGCUACUCUAAAAGGUACUUCCUAUGCUAGAAAGCUGGAGCAUGUGGCAUCAGGUUAUUUUGGAAACACCUACACUGGGUGGCUUUUUUUUUCUUUAUUGGAUUAAAACAAUGAGAUGUAGAAUGCAAGUCCGUUUUACAGCUUUUCUGUUCUUAAAUAGCCAGUAUGUGCCCUUCCCUCUGGCCAUGCUGAAUUCCCAAGGACCAGAGCUGUGGGAGCACUUGAGUGGAGCCCAUAAUACUAAGGGGCCCACUUGCUGCUUACCCAGGGUUAACUUCUGUCUGGGGAGAGGUGGAGCACAGGUGCUCUGCAUAUGCCCAUCUACCCACGGAUGUCUCUUCUAGACAGACCAAAGAUAAACAGGGUGGAGUCUAGGCUUCUUUCUGAAAGCUUCAUCCAGUCCCUGGGUGGCUUUUGCUGGCUGGACUUUAGGUGGAAGAGGGGGGAGAAAUGGAUGCAAGCCGUAAAAGCUUAUAAAUCAAGAGCAGAUGCUUUUACCCUGGAAACAUUGGAGAGAAAAUCACUCGUUCUUUUAAAACAACCCCCCCCCACACACACACACACACAGAGGUUUGGUUUGGUUUUUUUUAUGAUCUUGAUUGGAGUUGACAUGUUCUACUUUGGCUCUUCUAAAUGGAAGUGCUGUUUGCUUUCAGCCCCUGAAGUCAGUGUUUUGAUUUUUCUUUUUCUACUAAUAUUUUGAUCCAGGACAAAUUAAAUGCUAGGAUAAGGGACGUUUAUAAGCAGGAAGCCAUCUUCUGAUGGAGUUCUACAGAGAAGGGGAGGAGUGAAUGUCAAUAACAGCAGAACAUUCCCUUGCCAAACUUGGCCAGUGGUAAAACUAGUUCUUAAAGCUUUGAUCGCUCUAACAGCAGAGUCUCACUUUGAGCAAUUCAUACCUCUUGGGCAGGUGUCGUCUGGCUACACGUGCCAUUACAUCAAGGAUGUAUUUAAAGUAAGGGGUGUGGAGAUGAAACAUACCCAGAUCAAGCAGGCAGAUAAAUAGGCUUGAUUGAUUUUAUUUUGUUACCACCAAACUGGGUGGUAAAAUGCUCCCCCGAUGAAGGGCUUAAUCUUGUUUUACAAGAGCAUUGAUUAAAAGUUGAGCACAUACUAUGGUGCAUCAACCUUCCCCACCCCACCCAAUAAUUCAUUUGCAGUAAUCCUUUCUCCGAUUUAGUGUGGCAUGGAAAGACGCUCCAGGCCAGGUAACUUUGUUCUAAAAAAAUUGUCUUUUUGUAGAUCGAAUUGCAGUUGUUUUCAAUGUCCCAUGUGUUGGUGAAUUAUUUUCAAUACAGAUUGUUUAUGUAGAAUAUCAACUAUUAUAAAUUUUCAGAAGCCUGCCUCCUGCUACUUAAGUAGCCUUGAGAAGUUGAAAGAUGGAAACAUUCCUGAAUUCAAGGUGCCAUUUAACAACUCAACUUUUUUUUUUCUCCCCCCUCAAACAAAAUCUCACCUUGGGUCUGUCAUUGGUAUGGGUUAGAAUAGAAUCCUAUCUUCUCUGAAGGGAAACUUGCAUAGGACACCCCAGAUGGAAGUAAAUACAGCAGUAUAUUCCUUGAUAUAAGGUUUCAUGGAGGCAUAUCAGUAUGAGAAGUCCUGAGCUGUGCUACUGUGAUGCCUGUUUAAUCCCAUUGUAAAUUUCACUGUUUCCAUAAAUCAAUAGUAUCCCCACUUUAAAAUGGGUUAGAGCUGGGCCUCUAAUGCCUUCAUAAGGCAGAUCUGGUUCAGAAAUAUUUGUGGUGCAUGUGGCAUUACCAUCCACACACACACACACAAUGCCUUACUGUGGACACUAUUCACCUAAGCAUGUGGCUGUAAACGUAUUAGUUUUAUAGCGCUGUUACCCAUCCUGCUGUUUCUGAAUGUUUCCAUUUCAAAGUGACAAUCCUCAAUGACUGCUCUAGGCAGACAUGGUUUAGUGACAGAAUUUUAGACCUAAUGAUUUGAAAAUAUAUGCACAAGAGUCACUAUAAAACACCUUGUUUAUAUACAAUUGUACAUAAGAUUUUUUUUUGUGCAAUAAAGUUUGUUUUGGCAGAA